ACCACUGCUCCGCUCAAAUCUGGCAAGGGCAGUGUGUGCUUCCACAUGAUCGUGUGUUUUCCCUCCUUUCUGCGUAUUGUGAGCUCGGAACUAUUAUUUUUGAUGUGUUUUCAUGUGUGUACCAUUAAUUUUCUACCAUUUACAUACACAUUUGUUCACUAGUGUUGUUUGUUUGCAGGGAGCAGCGUGGUGGAGGGAGAGUUUAGGAUUACGAAUCAGAAUUUCUGGCCCGGCCUGGAAGACCCGACCUCUGAAGAAUACCGAGCCAUGGCCCAGUCCAUCGAGAACGAGCUGGACAUGUUAUUUCAUGCAUCAGUUUGGGCUCGUGAGUACAAUCAUAGCCAAGUCAUAUCCUUGUCGGAGGGUUCCCUGUUGGUACGAGCUCAGCUGGUGCUCAAUACUGCUGAUGUUGCCGCUGCUCAGAAACUUGGAACAGUUUUCCUUCGGGGCCUCCACAACCGUCAUGGGCAUGAGUGGCUGGGGCAAUAUUCUGUUGAUAUAACGUCCAUUAGGUUCACUGAAGUGUUGGUGGACACCUUACCUUCGUCCAGCACUCCACCUCCCACCACCGCAACACCCGCCGCUACCACUGUUGCUGGCAUGCAAGAGUCUUCCACAGUUGUCAUGGAGACUUCUCAUCAUUUAGCAAACCUUAAUGUUGGGUGGGGAGAGUGGAGUCCAUGGUCUCCCUGCUCCCCUUGCUCUCCACAGUAUGACCAAAUUAGAACUCGUGACUGUCGACUGGAUGCAGGUCAGGGUCUUUUGGUUAACAGCAUUGAACCAUGCUUACCAUCUGGCCUAACAGGGCCACUGCAUGGUUCAGGGGGAGAUAUGGAGACACGACCAUGCCAGUGUCACCACACUACAGGUGCUGCAUCCUCUUCAUCUACUUCCACUACUACCAGCUCAACCACAACCACCACCACAACCUCCAUUACUACCAGCACCUCUAAGCCAUGGAGGGAAGAACAGCCACAAAAAGAAGAGACAGUGGACGAAGUCCUCAAUGAGCGACUGUGUGACUCAUGCCUGACAGAAGAAGUGUGUGUUGGGCUUCAGGGAGAACCCUACCCUACCUGUCGCCCUGCACGGGACUCUGGGGACAGAACAGGCUGUGGAGGUCUCUGUGCCCUUGACACAGAAGUGUGCCAGGCUCUAGGGUCCAGGGCCUUCCAGUGCCACAGUGCCUCUCUCUGUCUACACGAUGAGUGGCGGUGUGCUGAUGGACUGUGCAUCCCUCUCAUCAAGCGAUGUGAUGGUCAUAUGAAUUGUUAUGACCAGAGUGAUGAGCAGCACUGCAGAUGUGGUCCAGAUAAAUUCCAGUGUGGCAACAAUACCUCAUGUCUCCCUGUAACCUCAAAGUGUGAUGGCAAAAUGGAUUGCUGGGAUGGCUCUGAUGAAGCCAACUGCACCACCUUGUGCCCCAACCCUGACACUCAGUUUACUUGCCGCAGCAGUCAGUGUAUCCCCCAGUAUCAAUUCUGCGACGGGUUGGCGGACUGCAGGGACGGGUCAGAUGAACCCUUCGGUUGUUCUGGACGGUGCCAACCCAACGAGUAUCAAUGCCGGAAUAGGAGAUGCAUCCCAACUGCCCUCAUCUGUGAUGGUUGGGACUCGUGUGGCGACAGCAGUGAUGAACAGAACUGCAAUCGGCCUCUCAUCCCUCUCUCACCGGGAACGGGAGCUUCUUUCGUGAACACAACUUCUAUUAGGACAUUGACAGGGUUCAGAUCAGAGAAUGCCACAGUAGGAUCACAAAAUGAAAGCACAAUAGAAACUGACAAUAUUUGGCUCUCUAAAACUGAGGGCAGAAAUAGUUCAGAGUUAAUUGAAGUUGAUUUCUCUACUACAGAACUAAAAAAAAAUGUUAGUGUGUCAUCAGUGCUAUACUUGACAAAACCAAGAAACAUCUCUAAUCUCACCCAGUCUCAAACACCUAGUAAUACUAAGCUGGAAAGUCAUACAAAGGACAACAAUAGACAUAUAAGCACAACAGGUGUGAAUGUUCCACAGACUUUGAACGAAGAAGCAGUAGCUACUGUUCCAUUUAGAGACUGGAGGCGAACUUUGCAAGUCAUGCCAAGAAUGGAAGAUUAUUUAAGAACUUGGCCCAAGUCAAAAACAGUCUCCAGUCGUGAUCCUAUGGCCAGAACUUACUCAAUGAUCCAUGAAAUAAACAGCAAAUUUCAUGACUCAGACAGAGCAGUCAGCAAUAUGGAUAUGCAGGGUAAUAGAAAAACCUCUCUUGGAUAAAAAAAUAAGUACUCAAGUUAACCAAGAGCAUGGCUAAUAACUGUAUUAUCAGUCUGAGAAUGAAGAUGGUGGUCUGUGUGUGUGUGUGUGUGUGUGCACACCUGCCUGCAUGCAAGUGUGCUGUGUGUAUUUGCCCAUUCUUAUGUAUGGGCAUUUGUUUGUGCACAUUCAUUUGUAAUCUGUGCAUGUGUGUGUGUGUGUGUGUGUGUGUGUGUGUGUGCUCAUACAUGCUUAUGUAUGUCCCUGCAUGUAUCCAUGUGUGUUUGUGUGUUCACACAUUUUGUAAUGAACAAUUUUAUAUACCAAGUGAAAAUGGAUGUAUAUUCAAAUUGUCAAAGUCAAUUGCUAUUUUUAGUAUAUCAGUGUUAUAAGAAUGGAGAAAUAUAUUGCAUCACAAUGUUGACAUAUUGAUGUUGUGAGGAGUCCUUUUUGUAUAUCUAGUUGAGAAAUACCAAAGAUUGUAUGUAUAUUUUGUCCUGCACUAGGACCAUAUGAUGUUAUCUAGUCUGUAUGAAACUGUACUUAUCAUGUAUUAGUUGAGAGCCUUGGGUACAGUUGCUGCUGUAUAUGAGAGUAUGAAAAAGCUCUCGUAAGAAGUUUCCUCAUGUUGCAGUGACUAUGCCAGAAAUUAUAGUUGAGACUUCUCAGCUAAGUUUUGAUAAUGGCAGAGAGGGAGUGCUACUGGCUGUAGCAAGUCCAUGUGCCUGUUGCAGGCUGUUUCUCUGCUGUCAUUCAGAACUCUUGAAUAUGCUUGUUUUACUUUGCUCUCCCACUACUAACAUUUAACAAGUUUCUUUUGUCUUACUCUUUAUUUUGCGGAGGAAAUUUUGGGAAUGAUUUGAAUUUUCCAACUGAAUAUGAGACUACUCUGUCAUUUCACAUAAAGUGUAAUCAAUAUGGAAAAGACUAAGGAAUUGACACUACCAGAAGUUGUAAGCAAGAAAUCACGAAUGUUCUUUGUCAAUAAUGUCAUGAUGCCUAGACUAACAAUGGUCAAGAUUUAUUAUAUUCCAUUGACAUAUUUGAGUUGAAUCAGGACAUUGUGCCUUCUUAGAAAAACAAAGUUGGAAAAAUAUAUUCAAAGGAUGCACUGUAACUACUUUUUCUCUAUACACUUCUACAGCAUUUUUAAGUUAAAUCAUUGGUUUGAAAGAUUCAAAUGUUGAUUCUAAAUUAGCUUGCAUAUGUUUUCAACUAAGCAUAAACUCAUUAUUUCCUGUUAAUUAUAAUUUUAUAGUA